UUCUCUGUCAUGACAAAAUUUAUGUUGUAUCUUGUCAAAUGGUUCGUAAAAAAUAAUUAAAUCAUGUCCCGGGGCAAGGCUAUGAUCGUAUCGUUUGCUAUUGUCCUACUAAUUACAUUUGGAGUCAUGGUAUUUCUGAUGACCACAAUUAAUCCUCAGCCAGUACCCAACGGACGAAGAUUUGAGUUCAUUGUUGAAAAAUAUUACGAGGGUGACGCAAAUCAAGAUGAUGGAUUUCAAUAUGGACUAGAAAAAGUUUCAAAUGAGUACAAAUUAUCUGGCAUUGAUAUUAAAAUAGAUAAUGCAGCGUAUAAGCACGAUAUCAUUUAUGAUAAAAAUAUUCAAUAUGUUGUUCCUCCGAUAUGGCCGGAUGAAAACGAUACCGUAUUCAUACAAGAAAAGGGAAAUAAAGUCAAUAAAACUUUAAAAGAAUUUAAACUUGUGCCACCGAUAAAAGGUUAUAGAAGAUCUAUUCAAGACAAGGUUCACAGAAACCGAAAUUGCGCAAAUUCAUUGGUCCUAAAAAUAGUUGACGACAACGGAUACCCAAAAAUAGAGAUAAAGAUGGGUAGAAAAUAUAAUAGCAAAAAUAGUUCUAAAAUAUAUAGGCGUCAACGUGAUAAGAACGAAUUUAAUAAUUUAUCAAGUGCUAUUCAUAACAGUGAUUAUAUUGAGGAAAAUUUCAUACCAGUGGAAGUCAAUGAUGGUAUAGUUCUAAAUAUUGUAGGAGGUUCAGAUGAGUUUUAUACAUCUGACGAAUCAAGCGAUAAAUUGGGAAAAACUAUUGAUUCAAAAGAAAAUGAACGGGUAAGUGAAAUAGAGGAAAAUCUUCAAGGAAAUCAACAAAAUACUACUGAUUUGUCAGUUAAUUUAAGUAUAAGCUCUGUAUCACCGAAAUCAAGUAGAAGUAGUACUAGCAAUGAAGUAACAGACCAGACAACACUUUAUACUGAUUCAACAAACGAUACAAUUUCUACCAGCAAACAUAACGUGUUUACUUAUACUGAUAAUAAUUCGAUGAACAUUAUUAGCUUGUUAUAAAAAGAAAAACAACGGCUCACACUUAAAAAUCGAUUAGAUCCACUUCAUAAUUAACCGUUUUAAAUUCAGCCAUAUUAUAAAUUUUUGAUUUUUUUUAAAUCGCUGUUUAGACAUGUAAUAUAAUUUUAAAUAACUUAGUAAUGCUUUUUACUACGAACAAACACUAUCGGUGUGAUAACAAAAAAGUUAAACACAUGUUUUAAAAAAGUUCCAUUACAUAUGUACAGUGGCUUUCUGUUGUUGAGCGUCAAUCUUUUGUAGGUUAUAAGUUGAAUAUAUAAGAACUAAAAUUGUGAAUUGUGAUUUGUUAAGCGAUUGCCACUGUAAUA